AUGUCGAAUGUUUUCCCUUCCAAUGGAUCAAUACAUGGAAUUCCUGUAUACAUGGAUAAUGUCCCAACAAUCAACUUUGCAACGAUGCAAGCAUUCGUCCCGUUUAUAUAUAUAAUUCCAACUUCUGUUAUCAUGAUUGUUAUACUUGUAAAAUACAGAAAAGCAAAAAUGAUUAUGACUGCAGCUUCCUUGGAUUCAAAUUUGUUUGUUACAAUAAUGCUCUAUUUUUUCUUUAACGUUUUAUUUUUCAUUGGAGACUAUAUACAUCUUAACCUCCCAUCUUCUGGUUUAUUGACGUCAUUGUGCGCUAACACAGAGCCUAGUUGGACUUACACGUUCAUUGUCAUUUUUGCGUAUUUCGGUGAUUAUGGUACCAUAUCAAGUCCUUUUUUAGCCAGUUUAAUCAGGUUUACAAUAAUUAUAUCACCACAUAACAAUACAAAGUACUGUAAAACAAUAAUGCGAUGUUUUGUAUGGCCUUUUAUAAUACUAGUUCCAAUAACUCUUACUUUUGGAACUAUCCCAGCUACUGGUUAUUGUAAGCAAUUGAGCUCACCAUUCAAUUUCGGUGCAUUUAUUGUGUUUGAAGGAGAGUAUUAUGCUCGAAUUAAUAUCAUUAUUCAUUUCAUAUUUUCAAAUAUCCACUUUUUCUUCGCAAAAAGAAGUCAGCUACUAGAGUGAAUGGAAAUCAGGGAGCUGCAUUUUGGAAUAGCAAUACAAAUACACCAAAAAAUUCGUCUCAAAUGUUUUAA